AUGGUGCAGGAGCAAGACGAAGCUCCCCAGCCAGGACCGCCGCCGCCGUUCCCCGCCGAGGCGCUGCUUCGUGCCCGGCCCCUGCGCGGCUCCUCCUCCGGGGCGGCGCGGGCGGGCCGUGCCGGGGCCCCGCUGCCGUCGCCGAGCGCGGUCAUGGCGACCGUCCUUCCGCGGGGCGCCGCUGCCGCCCGCCGCCGCCUCCUUCUCCUGCGGCUCCCGCCGCGGCUCUGCGCGGGGCCGGCGCGGGGCGCCAGCCGGGCGCUGCCCGCCGCCCUGGUGCGCCGGGGCGGCCUGGUGGGCGGCCGCUGGGUGGAGACGGCCGCCGCUUUCGCCGUGCAGGACCCGGCCAGCGGCGAGGAGCUGGGCCGGGUCUCGGACUGUGGCGCGGCCGAGGCGCGGGCGGCCGUGCGGGCCGCGCACGAAGCCGGCGCCGCCUGGGGCCGCCUGCCCGCCAAGGAGAGGAGCUUGCGGCUCCGCAGAUGGUACGAGCUGAUGAUGGAGAACAAGGAGGAGCUGGCGCGGAUCAUCACGGCCGAAAACGGGAAGCCUCUGAAAGAAGCACAGGGUGAAAUCGUGUAUUCUGCCUCAUUUCUGGAGUGGUUUGCGGAGGAGGCUCGCCGGAUUUAUGGUGAUGUUAUUCCAGCGCCUGCAAAAGACAGAAGAGUGCUGGUGCUGAAGCAGCCAGUAGGAGUGGCAGCCAUUAUAACCCCAUGGAAUUUUCCCAGCGCUAUGAUUACCCGGAAGGUUGGUGCAGCUCUGGCAGCUGGCUGUACAGUGGUAGUGAAACCUGCAGAGGACACACCUUUAUCAGCAUUAGCUCUUGGGGAGCUUGCAAACCAGGCUGGAAUUCCAGCAGGAGUGUAUAACGUUGUUCCUUGUUCCAGACAACAGACAGCAGCCGUAGGGGAAGUGCUGUGCACUGAUCCACUGGUAUCCAAAAUAUCUUUUACUGGCUCUACAGCAACGGGAAAGAUAUUGCUGAAACAGGCAGCUGGCACUGUGAAGCGAGUUUCCAUGGAGCUUGGAGGACAUGCUCCUUUUAUAGUGUUUGACAGCGCCAACGUGGACCAUGCUGUUGCAGGAGCCCUUGCUUCUAAGUAUAGAAACUCGGGGCAGACUUGUGUCUGCACAAACCGUUUCCUGGUGCAAAAAGGAAUUCAUGACGAAUUUGUGGAAAAGUUUGCUAAAGCUAUAGAGAAAGAACUACAUGUUGGAAAUGGAUUUGAUGCAAAAACUACCCAAGGACCACUGAUAAAUGAAAAGGCAGUGGAGAAGGUAGAGAAACACAUCCAGGAUGCAGUUUCUCAAGGAGCAUCUAUUGUGACUGGAGGGAAACGACACAGCUUGGGGAAGAAUUUCUUUGAGCCAACAUUACUUAGUAACGUUACAACAAAAAUGCUUUGCACCCAAGAGGAGACGUUUGGCCCUUUAGCACCAGUUAUCAAAUUUGAGACUGAAGCAGAAGCUGUUGCUAUAGCAAAUGCAGCUAAUGUGGGUUUAGCAGGAUAUUUCUACUCCCAAGAUCCAGCUCAAAUCUGGAGAGUCGCGGAACAGCUGGAAGUUGGAAUGGUUGGUGUUAAUGAAGGCAUAAUCUCGUCAGUGGAAUGUCCUUUUGGUGGGGUAAAAGAGUCUGGCUUAGGGCGAGAAGGUUCAAAGUAUGGCAUCGAUGAAUACUUAGAAAUAAAAUAUGUCUGCUUGGGAGGCUUAUAAAAAUCUUCAAAAAGCACAAUCCCAACAGCUUGGAAAAGAGUGCUCUAGUUUUAAUAAGCUUCUUGAAGCAGAAAUAAGUAUGAAUGCAACUUCUACCUUUUUUAAAAUUAAGUAACCCCGUUCUGUGUGUGUAAAGAUAUUUACAGUAUUCUGUGCUGCCAAAUGUUUUUACAUGGUCUUUGUUUAUACCUUCAGUUUUUCAGCAACGUGAUCAAAAUGUCCAUCCUUUUUAGUAAAGAGUAGGGAUGCACAUUUAUUAUUCUUGGAUUAUCCCUGUGUAACUGGGAGAACUUGGAGGCUGGUGCAUAAUGAAAAUAGGCUAUAACCUAUGUCAAGGGGAAACUAGACCACCAUUUUCUAGUACCUUUUGUGUUUCAGUGUGGAUGUGGGAGGCUUUGGGAUGGCGGUCUCCCUUUAAAAUUUUGUGUAAAUACUCACAUUUUCUAAUGUGCUUAUAUGACAUCCUUUAGAAGCAAUUGUGUCUUUUUUAUUUUUUUUUAAUUAUGGGUGAAUCUGAUGGUUACAAAACGUGACGAAUUGCUUUUAGCUACAGCUAGGCAUCCACGUAGGCAAACAGACAGCUUUUUCAGUGCUGUAAAUGCUGACUGCAGAAGCCCUAUUCAGCUUUUGGUCUCUGAGCAAAGAGCUGUGAUUUAUGCCUAACAGCUUGCACACCUAGGAUCAAAUAUGGCUCUUGUUUGAUGUCUGUUAGCCCCAGCUCUUAGUUCCAGUCCUAGGAACGGGACAGUCCAGGACAAAGAAUUGCUGGCUUAGUGAGUAGCAGGAGGAAGAUGGGAUACUUACAGGAAUAACUUGCAGAAUUGUAAGGGGACAAUAUAAGGGCUGUGUGAAGAAAGCACAAGUUGUGACAUGAUGAUAUAGAUAAAACUCCCUCCCUUCCAUGAAAAGACCAUGACUCUCAUUGGGUAGAAGUUACACAGUGUCUAAAGGAACAUUAUUCCACCUCUAAAGAAUAUGAGCAGAUAAAUGGUUCCAUCCCUCUGGGCUUUGUGCCUUGAACUGGAUUUUUGGUUAUGCAGGUGAAUGUCCAUUAGGGAGGAACACUUAAAAACCUUUGAACAUGGCUAACUGUAUGACCUAAUAAAGACUUAAAUAGUAGUGAUUAGAGAUGAGACUUUGACACAUCACCUCACUAUUCUGUCAUCUUUGAAAGAUGGUGCAAAGCUUCCUUAAUAUGAAAUAAACAAUGUUGUUUAAACAUUAUUUUAAUGGCAGUCAAACAAAGCACUUUUAAAAAUGUGCAAUGUUAAUUUGGCAAAUAAAUCAGCACUGCAGAGGCUAAGUGGAAUAAAUUUUGUUUCUUGUGUUCAUUAUUAAAAAUAAAUAAAAGACUGCAAUGGAGGUCUUCUUCCUGUAAACUAAUGAAUGUACCCCAUGAAAUGGGAUAUUUUAAGAUAUUUUAUCCCAUCAAGCAAAGGUAACACAAGCCCUGGGGAAGGAAGCCAAAAGAGUUUCACGGUUUUGGUUUGGGUUUUUUUUAAAGCGCACAUAAAGUAGCAUUGACUGCUACUUCUUAUUUUUAAAUAUUUUUUUAUGGUUAUAUUUGUGUAACACUUGAGACCAGAUGGGUCUGGAGCACAUUACCUGUCAGUAGUGUGUGUUCAUCGUGCCAAGCAAAGGGCAGUUAAAGGACACUUACUGCCCUUCCAGUAAUUCCCAACACAUUUAUGGUAGUGAGGACUUAGUACUGUUACCUCUGCUUGUUGACAAGUACAAAAAAACGAUGGCCUAUUUCUACACUAGUUGCAAGAAACUUUCUUAUAUCCAUCCUCUAACCUUAUACUAUUGAGCACAUAUCCUGCCUGAAUUUGGGGAAUACAACGUUGUGGAAGAGGAAACUGUUUGCCAGCCUUGGCUGCCAAUGUGUGUUUAUUUCUAACUGAGAGGGUAACUAGGUAGAAGAAGGUCAUAACUUGGUGCCUGGGUACCACAACACAGUGAUGCAGGCAGGCACAGGUACAGCUAUUGUACACAGGUAGAAUAUCUGCCACUGAAUUGCUGACUUAAAUUAUGUCUGCCUGUGGACUGCAGUAUAAGGUCAAAAUUAAUCAUCUCAUUUACAGCUGUAUGACAGUGAAGUCUUGAAUGUGAGUGUACUUCUUGGGACAGUGCAGUUGGAGGAUAAAUUCUUUAACCCCCUGCUCUCUUCACUGCAAAAUUACUGAUCUGAUACAUUUGAAAUCUUAAUGUCUUUUCUGUGAAUAGCACUUUCAAUGAGUAAAUGUUUACCUUUUUUUCUAGCAAAUAAUACCUUUUACUAUGCCUGAUAGCAAGCACAAAGCAUAAAUAAAGAUAAGGUAUGUAAUAAACUUUAAAAAUACCUUUGUCUAGAUUGGAUUGUGGUUGGGUUCCAGCAUAGUAUCCUUGUGUCAGUAAGGUCUACAUCAGUUAAGCACAGAAUAAUCAAAGUUGUCUUCAUAACAAAAACUGUGAUUCUUCAACAAAAGACUUACUUGAAUUCUCACACCUUAGUUAUGUCAAUUGCACUUGUGAUAGUUUAGCAAUUUCUGGAUAUUAAAACUGUGAUUAAAAAUGUUUUUAGUUAAUAAAUAACUUCUGUGAAAGCACUGGA